AUGGAGAUGAGAGCGGGAGAGGAGAUAGAGCUAGGACGAGACUUAACCCCACCACUCUCUCCCCUCUAUUCCGCUCUCCACGACUCCCUUCUCUCCUCUCACUGCUCUUCCUGCUUCUCUCCCCUCCCUACCCCUCCCUCUCCCAACAAUUCCCACCCCGUCCUCCUCUUCUGCUCCUCCCUCUGCUCCUCCUCCGCCUCCGUCUCCACUGCCGAGCCUCGCCUUCUACGCCUCCUCCAUUCCCACCCCUCCACCUACCCCCACGGCGACUCCUCCGACCUCCGCGCCGCCCUCCGCCUCCUCCACUCCCUCCCCGCCUCCUCUCCCGCUCCCCGCAUCUCCGGCCUCCUCACCAACCGCCGCAAGCUCGAUGACGACCUCAGAAUUCGCGACGGCGCCAGGGCUAUGUUCCUCGCCAGGACCAUGCCGGACGACAACGACGCCGUUUUGGAUGUUGCUCACGACGACGCCGUUUCGGAGGAGGCUGCGCUGUGCCUGGUCCUGACCAACGCCGUGGAGGUCCAAGACCACACCGGCCGCACGCUCGGGAUUGCGGUGUACGAUUCCUGCUUCUCCUGGAUCAACCAUAGCUGCUCUCCCAAUGCCUGCUACCGCUUCUUACUGUCCUCGCCGUCGCAGCCGACGCCGCCGCAGUGCGACGAGACGCCGCUGCGUAUUGUCCCCGCUGGCCAACUUAUUGUGAAUGCAGAAUGCGAGAAGUUUGGUCCGAGAGUGAUAGUUAGGAGCAUCAAGAGAAUCAAUAGGGGAGAGGAAGUCACUAUUACGUACACUGACUUGUUGCAACCUAAGGCUGUGAGGCGGUCUGAAUUAUGGUCAAGGUAUCGGUUUAUGUGCUCGUGUAAGAGAUGUAGUGCAUCGCCCCUAACUUAUGUCGACCGUGCUUUGGAGGAUAUUUCUGCAGUCAAUUAUAACUCUUCCAGAUUCAGCUCAGAUAUCAGCUUCGAUAGAGACAAGGCAACCGAGAGAUUGACUGAUUACAUUGAUGAUGCUAUAGCUGACUAUCUGUCAAUUGGUAAUCCUGAAUCUUGUUGUGAGAGGCUUGAGCAGGUACUCACAGAAGGUCUUUCUGAUAAGCAGCCAGAGGGAAAUGAAGAAAAAUCAGAGUUAACUUACUGGUUGAACCCAUUGCAUCACCUCUCUCUAAAUGCAUACACCACAUUGGCUUCAGCGUAUAAAAUCCUUGCAGAUGACUUAUUAACUAUGUCUUCUGAAAUAGACAAUCACGUACUUGGAGCUUUUGGCAUGAGCAGGACAGGUGCAGCAUACUCAUUGUUGCUUGCAGGCGCAGCUCACCAUCUCUUUAACUCUGAAUCUUCCCUAGUUGUAUAUGUUGCAAAUUUCUGGACGUCCGCUGGGGAUUCUUUGCUAAAUCUUGCUAAGAGCUCAAUCUGGAGUGAGAUAGUCAGAUGGGAUUUGCCUGUGUCAGACAACUUGGAACUAUACCAUAUUGCAAAAUACAAAUGUCCAAGGUGCUCAUUGAUAGAUAAACUUGAAACCUAUUCACUUCAUGAUCCAGUUACACAUUCAGAUUUUGGACAUGCAUCGAGGGAGUUUGUUGAUUGUGUCACUAACUUAACACAAAAAGUUUGGUAUUUUCUGGUUCAAGGUUGCCGCUAUCUGGGACUUUGUAAGAAUCCUAUAGAUUUCAUCUGGCUUGACACUUCAGAAUGUUCAAGUGAAGGUGAAGUGUUUACUCAUUCUACUGGCACUAAUUGUGGGAAUGAUCGAAGUAUUUCUGGAAGUGAAGCAGAGGAAAACACCAACCUCUUAAGGAUGUAUAUUUUAAAACUCGGUGUCCAUUGCUUACUAUAUGGAGAAUAUCUGGCUAGAACAUGUUAUGGUAGGUAUUCCCAUUUGAUUUGUCAUUCUCAUAAUAUUUUAGAUCGUCAAGGGAAAUUACCAAAUCCAUGUCAUUAACUGCAGUAACUCAAAUAUUAACUUAGACUUGGGGGGUGUAUUGUAUAUGGAAUUAGUGGAAGUUUUAAAGAAGUCUAUGG